AUGGCUACCUUACAGGGCAUCAAGUUCCCGCCGAAGAAGAAGAUCGCGACAUAUGGUAAAACUGUGCGAAGGCGAAUACCCGAUCGUGGCUUCGACUCACAGGCCAACAACUCCCAAAUCCCAGAGGUACUUGCCGAGCACGAAUUACGAGAAUCACCAUCUUCGCCUCCCCCCAAUAUUGCAAAGCUGAAGAGCGGUCAUCAGAGAUCGAUCUCACGACCAGCUUCACCCCCAUCACCCGUGGCGGCAGAUAUAUUCGAUGUGCCUGUAAGUGACGACGAUGUCGCACCGCGCAGAACGCCCAAGCCGGCGAAGUCUGAUAGUCAGAAAACGACCUUAAACCGACCUACGACGAAGAAGAGUCCCAGAGAAGCAUUGGAAUUGGGGAACAAUGAGAGCCGGAAGAGGUUGAAGCUUUCCCCAGCACCAAAACCAAUUCCCAAACCUCAUCCUGCAAAGAUUUAUGCGCCCAAGUCCGCUCCAAUAUCUACCACUACAUAUACGAAGCAAAGACCUCAAGCAAAGGGCCAGACAAGCACAAUGGUCGCACGUCCAAAGCCCAAACCAGAUCAAGGCGAGCAAGGACGGCCUUGUACACCCCAGAAAAUCAACCCCCUGCGAAAUGAUGUCCUGCUACCUAGCACCCCAUCGCCGCAGUUGAGUGAUGUAGACAUGAUGGAUGUCGACCCUGAGGCGAAAUACAUAUCUCCCAGAGGCUUGAAGAUGUGGCAAGGUCUGCUGGAUUCGGGCGAUGCCACGGAGGAGAACCCUAUAGAAUUGCAGGGUGAAACGAUUCGCGCAGUGGGAAUACCCGCAGCGAGGUCUAUGGCGCAUAGCUAUGGAGCAUCUAGGCCAUCGGGUGUGGUGAAGCAUCCGAUGAACAACCGUCCAAAAAUGCCCCGGCGCAGGUUGAUUGAUUCACUUGUGCAACAAGUCACACAUGAGAGCUCAGAAGAGGAUAGUUCAGAAGACAGUGGAGCUGAAUCAAUGCGCGGUAUAAUCUUAUCCAUGGACCCUUCUGCUGUGGACACAGAUAUCACAGGAAGCCAAGCCCUUGUACCAGAGCCAGCCCCUGCGGUCGCAUCAGGAAGUCAAGGCCCCCAGAAUGCAGGACCCACAGGACCUAAGUUCACCUAUAGUAGACAACGAUCUAUGUUAGCUGAGGAGGAUCUCAUGGCACAAUUGGCCUUGGACAUGCCCAUUCAGCCUGCGUCCGUAUCUCAAGGCAGAAGACCUCGAAGAGGCUCGAUACCGUCUCUUCAACCACUGGCCAACUUCCACGAAGAGGAAGAGGAUGAAGAAGGCAAAGGUGCUGCAAUCCGGAGCGUUCAUGAGUUACGACAGGCUGGCGCAAAUAGCCGGUUCUUGGAUGAGAUAGAGGAUCUUCUUGAUCGCAUUGGAAAUCCCAAUAUGUCGCAAACAUCCAUGAGGAGAUCUGGUCUUCUGGAUAUGGCAAGUAAAAUGAAGGACAAAACUUUUGCGCGCCAAUUUCGCGCCAACGGUGUCGAACAAAAGUUGUUCCUACAUCUGGGCCAGGAAAACGAUAUUAUCUCGGGUUACCUCAUGGUAUCGCUGCUGAUUAGUGUGAUCGUCGAGGGUAGCGUACCUCAUAUAGUACCUCAAUUACGCAGGCAAGGGAUUGCACGAUUGCUGAUUCGUCUGCUCGACUGUCAAGCUAGCAUCUAUUCUGUGGCAAAAGAGCGCAAAAGUAACAUGAGCAAAAUCGGCCAGAAGAUGGUACUAGAGUACCAUGACUAUCUACGAGACCUGCCUAUGUGGGAGGAUUUGCAAUCACAAACUGCAUCACCGCGUACAGUAGCUCUGAAAUGCCUCGAGCUCAUGGUUAGGCAAACAAGAGAAGCAGGGAACGACGGUGAUAUAUUUUCGAAGGAAUUAACAACCAAAUUAUUCAGCAUUGUGAAAUCUACGACAGACGCAAGCUGGGAUCUUCCAAAGGAGCAACAGGCAAUCGAUUUCUAUCUGGCAUUGUCGGCUUUGGAAUCUCACUCCAUCGCAGCUAGGACGGUCCAUGACGAGAACAUUUGGAUCACGAAUUACCUGCCGAUAAUUGCGGAUACUCUUGAAGUUGCAUUGACUAGGCCAAUCGAACAGUUUGGGGUCCUGCAGAUUUUAAUCUUACGUCUUACUCUGAAUGUUACCAAUAAUAACCCGCUUGCUUCAGACGUCUUUGCAAGAGGGGCAUUGAUGUCUGCUAUGGGUCAAGCUAUCGUUGCCAAGUUCAAAAUUAUCUCCCGAUUCCUGACCGAAGAGGAUUUCUCGGUCGCUGUUGAUCAUCUUGUUCUUAUCCUGGGAGUAAUGAUCAACUUUGCUGAGUGGAGCUCAGCGGCCCGAGAGAGUCUUCAAAGUCUUGAAGGCGAGAGCAGGGACCCGCUGGACAGCAUGGUACAGACCCUCACGGACAACCAGGAGAGGAUCUCGGAGGCAGAUUCCGUUGAAGAGACGCAGAAGAACGUUGCCUUUGGCUACCUUUCUGUCCUGCUGGGAUAUUUCUGUCUUUUGCCAGAAAUUUCGAACCGGGUUCAAAAUCGCCAACCCAAGAAGACUUUGCGGCCCUUGUUAUCUUCGAUUGAGGAGUUUAUUGGCCACCACAAGACUGUGGAUGAAAUCAUUGCAGCAGGUGAAGAUGGGCACAAUCCGCAGUCUGGGUUGACGGAGCGGUUAGAGAGCCUUGUAGAUAGGCUGGGUCCUACAAAAGGCGCAUGGAAGUGA